AUGACUCGCCCUCCAGGCGCGGGUUUCGCCCAGUACUUCCCGACCGCGCCGCGGGCCGCGAAAGACCGGGCGGCAGAGCGCGAGAAGGCCACGAGAAUGAGAACCCUGGAUUCUCUAUCCUCCAAUACUAUUGACAUCAAUGGCCACCGUGCUUCGCUCAGCUCUGGACAAGAAAAUGGUGUUUCGUCGCGGUCUCGCCGCGAUGACCCUGGCUCUGAUACUGCGCACCAACCUCCCGAUGAGGCCGCCGAAUCUGUCGCUGGGGAUAUUCCCAAUACUGUUGGCUCUGCAAGCUCGAAUUCCUCUGUGUUUAGCACGACGCGACAAGCUGUUGGGACACUAUCGAAAACCCAGAGCAGCCUCAUGACCCCUCCCACCACAAUCGACUCCCCUUCCCACACAAACCCCCCCAGCUCAGCGAAGGCAUAUUCGACCACACCUCAACAUGUCGAGAGGGUCAAUGGAUCUGUCUCCAUUUCCAACCCGGCCGCUAACGGUGCUUCCACCCCUGUGCCAAGCGCUAUCGAACGCGUACCCGCCCGAAACCCUGGCCGCUCGAUCAAAGGCGUCAAGUGCACAUAUGACCCUGUUCUCGAUCGUUCGCUCUCAAGCUCCGAGAAGAGAAAGGCGAAACCGAUAUACAAGGAGUUUGGAGUGGACGAUGAAGAUGACGCUCCCCCCUCAGACCCUCGCCUGGCCAAAGGUGGGUGGCUCAACUACAUUAAUGUCGACUUCCAUCUACCCCGUGCGCGUUUGCGCCAUACACCCUAUAACCUCAAACCGUAUCCCUUCGAUCCCAAGACUUCAUGUGGGCCAGGGCCCCCUACCCAGGUCGUCGUGACCGGUUUCAAUCCUUUGAUCACCUUCUCCAAGGUCGCCGCUGUCUUUGCUUCGUUUGGCGAUGUUGCUGAGAGCAGCAAUAAGAUGCAUCCUGAGACUGGAAGCUAUCUGGGGUUUGCUACCUUCCGAUACAAGGACGCGAAGCCCAAUCGUGUCCGACCCUUUGCCAUAACAGCUAUGGAUGCCGCGAAACGGGCAGUUCGGUCGAUGCAUGGAAAGAGAAUCGAAGCCAACCAGGUCCGGGUAGAAUACGAUCCGGAGGGUAAAAAGAGCUCGAGAAUGCUGGAAGAAGUGCUCAAGUCGGGAAGAGAAAGGUCGCGAACGCCUGCCGCCAACGCGCCGAAGAUCCCAACUGGUCCAAGACCAAAGGAUGCUAUCCCAGGACCGCCUCCUACUGCGCCAAAAGGUCCAGCGGCACAUCGAACUCCCACCCCUGCGACCCCUGCGACCCCUGCCGAAGCUCCCUGGAUGCCCAUAAAGCCCAGAUUACCGAGUCUGAUCGAGCCCGAACCCAUCACCAACCAUAUCAAGAGCGAGCCAUACAUCUUCGUGGCGCACGAACAUGUUCCUGUUAUGCACACCACAAUUGCCCACAUGAAGAAACGGCUCAAGACUUAUGUGUUUGAUGACAUCCGUGCGGACAGGUCGGGGUACUAUAUCCUCUUUCGGGACUCGGGCCUUGGACGCGCCGAAGCAGAGCGCUGCGUGAGGGCCGCUGACGGAACUGCCUUCUUCACCUAUACGAUGGUGAUGAAGCUUCAUCUAUACGGCACUGUGGGUCAGGCGUCACAUCCUUCUUCAGAUCCCCAGAAGCGGAGUCGAAGUCUGCAAAGAAGACCACCGGCUAUAGAUGCAAGGAGGCGAGACGAACAAGAACGGCUCCGGAGGGAGGAUGAAGCCGACCUAGAGGAAGAAAAGAAGCAACGGGCGAAGAACUUCGACCCGGUUCUCGAAGCUGUUGAAGUUGUGCGCCGGGAGAUGAUGGAGCACUUGAUCAAACAUAUCCGGACCAGGGUUGCGGCGCCAGCACUUUUCAACUAUCUCGACCCUGCAAAUCAUGUUGCGAAGCGGCGCAAGUUGAAUAUCGAGAGGCCGCUAGGUUCGAGACUUCCCCCCAUCGUCUUCGAAGAUGCCGAGGAUCGGUCUCCAGUCAGCACCCCAAAUUCAAGAGCGGACCCCAUUGAGCGGCGCACCGCCCGCCUGGAUAUUUCAUCGCUGCCUCGAAUUCGGAAAGCGAAGAACACAGGUCUGGGGCCUCGCAAACAUGGCUUCAACGACCCCUUCGCCCGUCAUCGGCCCGCAAGUGUGCGCCAUGCCUUCCGCUCGCUGCACCACCGGCUCAAGGAAGACAGCGACGACGAGUCCGAGGACGAAACCGAGAACCGGGACUCGCUCGCAAGGGACACCGAGGAACCCGAAUCCCGGCCCCGAAGCCGGAUGAGCACGGAUGACGAAGGGCUGAAAGAUGAGUACGGCUCCUGGGGCCCUGCCGAAGAUGAUUCCAUGACCGAGGCUAGCUUUGCCAUUGACGGGUCGACGUUGGCGAAGAAGAGGAAGCUAGAUCUGCAGAUCGAGACGGCAAUAAAGCGCCAGAAGAAGUCAGACGAGGAGCUCUUUGGAGUGUCGAUCAAUCGCAUCGAGACCGAGCUCACCUCUCAUGAAGCGCCCGAAGACAUCAUCCUUCAGGAUGACGAGCUAGCUGAAGACAAGGAGACUGACAGUUCUCGAAUGGGAACACCUGUCCCGGGCGGGUUCAAGGGCAAGAAAAAGCCAAUAAAGCCCAAGAAGAAGUCCAAGAAGCAAAUCUUUGAAGAGCGCGAGGCGCUCAAGAGACAGCAGCAGGAGAUAUAUGAGGAGGAGGCUCUCCAACCGCCGGAUCAUGUCGAUCGUGUCGACGAAGUUGAGCCGGUGCCGAAGACUGAGCCUGACGUGGUGAAGCCAAUGGCUGAGGCAGCAGCGCAAGAUAGCAAACCCGACCUGGACGAGAACCUCUACCCCAUCUCGAAGACGUCUGCGCUUGUCCUACCACCAGAUUUUGCUCUCGACGUCGCAUCACUCCGGGGGCUGUCCCUGGGCGAAAGAGACGUCCCCGACGCAAGCAAGCUGAAGAAGUUCCGCGUUGGCGACAUCGGCGAUCCGGAGUUGUGGCUGUGGAAACGGGACCGGCUUCGCCAGUUGAACUCGAGGGACGGUUCUAAUAAGUGGCCUGUUGCCAUUGAAGGGUAUUACGUGCCGAAUCUCACCGGCUGUGCUCGGACCGAAGGCGUCAAGAAGAUUCUGAACGCGGAGAAGUCCAAGUAUCUGCCACACCACAUCAAGGUCAAAAAGGCGCGAGAGGAGCGCCAGGCAAAUGCGGCCGGAAAGGGCGCCGUCAAGGAUGCGGCCGCCGCUGCUGCAGAGGCUGCCAGGCUGGCUGCUGAAAGCCUAGUAGCGAAGGGCAACUCUCGGGCCAAUCGGGUCAACAAUCGGCGGUUCGUCGCGGACCUGAACGACCAGCGGAAGACUCUCGGACAGGACUCGGAUGUCCUCCGCUUCAACCAGCUUAAGAAGCGGAAGAAGCCGGUCAAGUUUGCGCGGUCGGCCAUCCACAACUGGGGCCUGUACGCGAUGGAGAACAUCCCCAAGGACGACAUGAUCAUUGAGUACGUCGGCGAGGAGGUUCGGCAGCAGAUCGCUGAGAUCAGGGAGAACCGCUAUCUCAAGAGCGGCAUCGGCAGCAGCUAUCUCUUCCGCAUCGACGACAACACGGUCAUCGACGCGACCAAGAAGGGCGGCAUCGCGAGGUUCAUCAACCACAGCUGCAUGCCCAACUGCACGGCCAAGAUCAUCAAGGUGGAGGGUAGCAAGCGCAUCGUCAUUUAUGCCCUCCGAGACAUUGCUCAGAACGAGGAGUUGACGUACGACUACAAAUUCGAGCGCGAGAUUGGCAGCCUGGAUCGCAUCCCCUGCCUCUGUGGCACGGCUGCUUGCAAAGGGUUCCUCAAUUAA